CUGACUGCAGGCCUCUCGGCCCGUCCGUUCCCAGGCGCCGGGAUGGCGGUCCUGAGGAUCACUGGGGCCCCAGAGACCGCAGCUCUCAUGAUGUCCUUGGUGGUGCUGAGCUCCCCUUUGGUUCAGAGCAGAGACACCCCAGAGCUUUACCUCUACCAGAGGCGGAGUACUUGCUACGAGUCCAACGGGACGCACCGCUUCCUGGAGCAAUAUAUCUACAACAGAGAGCUGUACGUCCAGUUCGACAGCAACAGUGCCGCGGGGGUGUUUGUGGCGGUGUCCGAGCUGGGCCUCCUAACUGCCAAGAACUGGAACAUCCAGAAGGAGUUCCUGGCUCUGAGACGGAGCGCGGUGGACACGGUGUGCAAGCACAACUUCGAGCUGGACGAGGGGUUCACGCUGCAGCGCAGAGUCCAGCCUCACGUGACCGUCUCCCCCUCCAAAAAGGGGCACCUGCGACACCACAACCUGCUUGUUUGCCACGUGUCGGAUUUCUAUCCCGGCCACAUUCAAGUCCGCUGGUUCCUGAAUGGACAGGAGGAGACAGCUGGGAUUUUAUCCACGAACCCGAUCCAUAAUGGAGACUGGACUUUCCAGAUCCUGGUGAUGCUGGAAAUGACCCCCCAACAGGGAGAUGUCUACACCUGUCAGGUGGAACACCCCAGCCUGGACGGCCCUGUCACCGUGGAGUGGAAGGCACAGUCUGAUUCUGCCCGGAGCAAGAUGCUGGCUGGAGUGGGAGGCUUCGUGCUAGGGCUCAUGGCCAUCGGAGUGAGCUUCAUUCUCCGUUUUAGAAGCCAGCGAGGACUCAUGAACUGAUCUCAAAUACCACACACAGACUUGGAACAAGCAGUCCUGAUACUCCUGGUGUCCAGCAACCUCCCACUUUUCAAAAAGGAUAUUACGGCUAAGUUGUGCCACCUGACGCCCAGUUUCUGAGUGUCUGCAUUUUAAUUCAAUGUACUUACUCUUUCUCAAGUUUUUCUAGUCAAUUGAGGGACAUUUCCUGAGGAACAUAAAUCAUCUGAAUCUGGUAUUGUUUUUCUUUCUUUUUGAGAAGAAGGAGAUGGUCAUGUUUAUGGUUGAAGGGUCUGGUGAUCACUGGACAGGUCAUUGUUGUCUUACCCGGGCGUGGAGAAAUAAACUUCUUGAUGGUGAUCAA